UAACCUAACCUCCUCUUUAUUCAGUUUCUCACUGCAACAAAAUAUUUCUAGGGUUUCUUCCGCUCCCAAAACCAAAACCAUUCUUCCCUCCAACCUUCUUCGCACGCAGGGGAACUCGUCGAUCACUCCUCUUUCGAUCGCAAUGCCGCCUCCGGCGAAAUCAACCCCGAGGCCGCCUUCUCAGGAAGGCGGUGAAGACUCGUCGGUGUCGCCGUCGAACAACCUCUGGGUGGGGAAUCUGGCGCCGGACGUGACCGACUCCGAUCUGAUGGAUCUCUUCGCGCAGUACGGCGCCCUCGAUAGCGUCACCUGUUAUACUUCUCGCAGCUACGCCUUCGUCUUCUUCAAGCGCGUCGAUGAUGCCAAAGCCGCCAAAAACGCCCUUCAAGGCUUCUCCCUCCGCGGCGUUUCAUUGAAGAUUGAAUUUGCAUUUCCGGCAAAGCCAUGUAAGCAGCUUUGGGUUGGUGGCAUUAGCCCAGCUGUUACAAGGGAAGACUUGGAAGCUGAAUUUCAUAAAUUUGGUAAACUUGAGGACUUCAAGUUCUUCAGAGACCGUAACACAGCAUGUGUUGAAUUUUUCAAUUUGGAUGAUGCAACUCAGGCAAUGAAAAUCAUGAAUGGGAAACGAAUAGGCGGGGAGCAAAUUCGUGUUGACUUCCUCCGGUCGAAUUCUACAAAAAGGGACCAAUUGCCUGAUUAUGGUCAGUUUCAAGGAAAAAGCAUGGGGCCUACUGAUUCCUAUUCUGGACAGAAAAGACCACUGCAUUCACCGCCAUUAAUGGGAAGGAAGGGCGAUCAUAUACCGAGUAAUAUUUUGUGGAUUGGUUAUCCCCCUGCUGUUCAGAUUGACGAGCAAAUGCUUCAUAAUGCAAUGAUCUUGUUUGGUGAAAUUGAGAGGAUCAGGAGCUUUCCUUCAAAGAACCAUGCAUUGGUUGAAUUUAGAAGCGUCGAUGAAGCUCGGCGUGCAAAAGAGGGCCUUCAAGGGCGCCUUUUUAAUGAUCCUCGAAUUACAAUUACGUAUUCGAGCAGUGACCCGGUACCUGGCAAAGAUUACCCUACCUUUUAUCCUGGAAGUAAUGGGCCAAGACCUGACAUGUUCUUGAAUGAGCAUCCGUUUCAACCUUUUCAAAUGGAUUUAAUUGGUCAUAAUCGUCCAAUGGUUCCAAAUAGUUUUCCUGGCCAGUUGCCACACAGUGGUAUUGUUGGCCCUAACAUACCAAUGCGUCCUUUUGGUGCUCAAGGUGGUCUUGAUUCUGGUGUUUCAGGCCCCGAGUUUAAUGAUAUUAGCUCUCUCCACCAAUUUCAGGAUGGUAGCUCCAUGAGUAAGAUAGGACCAAACUGGAAAAGGCCAUCUCCUCCAGCACAAGGGAUUCUUCCUUCUCCUACACCGGGUGUUAGGCUUCCUACAAGAUCAGCCUCUGGUGCAUGGGAUGUACUGGACAUAAAUCAUAUUCCAAGAGAUCCUAAACGGUCUAGGAUAGAUGGUACUCCUUUAAGGAAUAUAGAUGAUCGUGGGUUUGCUCUAGAACAACAAUAUGGGAACAAUCCAGUUAUUGAUGGAGGUGGUUCUGAUCCCUAUAUGAACAUGCAAGGAAAGAGUCACAUUGGUCCAGUGAGUACAAGGAUCACAGCUGGAGUACAUGGUUCUGGCCAGCCUGAUAUUGAUCACAUAUGGCGCGGAGUUCUUGCAAAAGGAGGAACUCCUGUUUGUCGUGCUAGAUGUGUGCCUGUUGGGAAAGGGAUUGGGGCUGAGCUUCCUGAUGUUGUUGAUUGCUCAGCUAGGACAGGAUUGGAUAUACUUUCAAAGCACUAUGCUGAUGCAAUUGGUUUCGAAAUUGUUUUCUUUCUACCUGAUAGUGAAGAGGAUUUUGCUUCAUACACUGAAUUCCUUCGCUACCUUAAAGCCAAAAAUCGUGCUGGUGUUGCCAAGUUUGCCGAUAACAACACCUUAUUCUUGGUACCUCCUUCUGAUUUUCUUACAGAUAUUUUGAAAGUCACUGGGCCUGAACGUCUAUAUGGUGUGGUUCUUAAGUUUCCAUCAUUGCCAAAUAGCACACCCAUGCAAGAAUCAUCGCAUUUGCCAAUACCGUCAACUCAGUAUAUGCAGCAGAUUCCUCCUUCGCAGGCUGAAUAUGGUAUGAUUCCUUCAAAGGAGGAACGGUUUUUGCAAGCGGAUUACAACAGGUCGCUGCAUGACGACUCUAAGCUUUUUGCUAAACCAAUAGCUACAGGUGGGCCCCCUCCUGUUCAGUCUAUGCCUUCAGAAUAUGCUCCUAAUACUACUGUUUCUGGGUCCCAAGCUGCAGUUGGAUUAACACCUGAGCUUAUUGCAACUUUAGCUUCGUUUCUUCCUGCAAAUGCACAAUCAUCUGCCCCUGAUGGUGCAAAUCCAGCAGGAGGCUCCUUGAAUGUGAAGCCUCCAUUUCCUCCUUCGGCACCUAAUGAUGGAAACCAAUCUCAUUUGUGGAAACAGGAUCAUCAAAUUGCAGAUCAAUCCAUUUAUCCUCCUCCACAGUUCAGGAGUAUGUAUAACUUUAACAAUGGUCAUUAUCAGUCUUAUCCACCAGCACCGGCUCCUGGUCACCCUGCUCAACUGGUCUCUGGCAGUUCUCAUAUACAAGACUCUGCUGUCGGCAUGCAGCAGCCAGGUGCUGUUUCAUCAACAUACAUGUCUAAUUUUGCGACACCUAGUCAUAAUGGACAGUCAGCUGUAUCCUCCCAUGUCAAUCAGCAGUAUCAGGUCGACGCCUCCCCCAGUACUCAGAGAGGCUUUGGAGUGGCGCAGGGAACUGAUGCCUCUGUUUUAUACAAUUCUCAGGCUUUCCAGCAACCUAAUAGCAAUUCUCAGGCUUUCCAGCCACCUAAUAAUUCUAUGUCCUAUUCUAAUCAAGUUAACAGUGCUAAUCCUUCACAGCAACCAACUGGCAUUCCAUAUGCAGUGGGUCAAAUAAACUCGGAUGCACCCAAUCAGCAACUUCCUGUCUUUGGAGCUGGUCAAGGUACUUCAGAAGUGGAGGCUGAUAAGAACCAGAGAUAUCAGUCAACACUGCAGUUUGCUGCCAAUCUUCUCUUGCAAAUACAGCAGCAGCAGCAAACCCAAGGAGGAAAUGGACCUGGAGUUCAACAGUGAGAAGCGUUUUCAAUUUAAAACUAUAUUCCAUGUGACUUUCUGGCACCUUAGUUGCAAAUGUUAGUGUAGAGGAUCUGUGGGCUGAGUCUGAAAUCUCAAAACCGUACAGUCAUAUACAUGGAAAGGAUGAAACUCUGAAGUAUAUGAACUUGCAGCGACAAAUUAGACAAAUUAAACAACAAAUGUGUUUGUUAGGAACUCUUGUGGUCCGAAGUGUUGUGAGGAGAAUCUUAGAAUUUGUUACUUGGUUUGUAUCUUUUGUAAUAGUUCUCCGCAUUUAAUAUUUCCAAGUACUGUCCUCGGUAAAACACUAAAACUGUUACAUCAACUGACUGAGUUUUAGAUAGCAAAACAUAAGUACAUAGUUUGUACUAGGAGAAGUGCUAACAACACUCACUUAGACACUCUUUCUAACUCGCUUUUAUUGGUUAAAAACUAUGUAGGUCCCACCAAAUUGGGAGUGAGGCCCAUAUAAUUUAGGCAGUUGAUUUUAGUGUCAUCAUCUCCUUACUUUUAAUACCAUCCCUUUUUCCCUUUUCCAAAAAUACCCCUUAUAUAUCACUGUCUCUUUAACUUUUUCCCGCAUUUUAACUUGCGGUAAUUAUAUAUCUUCCGCUUUUAAGAUUGCGGUAAUUAUAUAUCUCCCGCACUUAAGACUGCGGUUAUUAUAUAUCUUCCGCACUUUUAUGUUUUGCUAUGUUUCUUUUGUUUUCCACACUGAAAAAAUGGAGACUGUGCUUCUGUGUUACAAGAACAAAGCAUGUUGCAUUUCUAAGUCUUGCCAUAUUUUGCAAAAACCUGUUGAAUUCCAAUCUAAUCAAGAAGCACAUCAGUUCCUGGAUCUCCUUUUUGACUCUCACACUCGGUGCAGUAAAAAAGAAGGAAGAAGCCAUGGCUACCGCAAAUAUCAAAGUGAGGAGUGUAAAAAAUAAUUUCCAUGAUUUUAAAAUCCACACUUCAAAAGGCGGUAACAAAAAGAAUGUCGUGAGUUAGUUUGUGGAACACAAAAAUAUGCCAGGGUAUUUUUGGAAAUGGGAUGGCAUGAAAAUGGAUGGGGGUGGUAUUCAAAUCAACACCCUAUUAUUUAGUGGAAAGAGAGAGUGAUGGAAAGAAUGUUAAAGUGAUCAAGCAAUAAAAGAGAGAUGGAAAAGAAGUGUUCAAGUGAGUGUUGUUUAGUAUUGGUUAAAAUUUAUGUAGGUCCAACCAAAUUGGUAGUAGGGACCCAUAUAACUUAGUGGAAGACCAAAAAGUGAUGGAAAGAGUGUUAAAGUGAGUGUUGUUUGAGUGCUAACAACACUCACUUUGACUUUCUCUUUUCAACCCUAUAUGGUAUUCCUUUAGGAGUGUUUUGGGUUAUGGUUCAAAUUGAGUGCAGUAAUUACUUCUGCUUCAUUUGUGCUUUUUAACUAUUUUUUUAAUUGUAUUCAUUGAAUGUUUUAUGCUUUAAAUUCCAUUGCAUGCUGUAUUUGUUUUGUAUCUGAUUAUUCUGAUGUAUGUCAUUAUUUCUGUUAUUGACUUAUUUCUGUCCCGUACCUUCUGAGUUGUUUGAAUGAGUUCAUAGAUAACUAGACAUCUUUAGUCUUGAUUUUGCUAUACUGCACUUGCAUGAUGAUAACUAUUGCUUUUAAGUUUUGUAUCUUGUUAUUGUUUUUUAACUUUAGGCUGUGAUCUCUCUUCUGUUUUUUUAAACCCCUUGGUAGGUAGGUAGUCAUUAGGCUUAGAAAUACAACCACCCUCUAUAACUUAUUUUGCCGUGAGGUGUAAUUUCCACUAUGUAAGGAUCUUCAAUGUGCCUCUAAAGAUUAUGUGGUACUUGCUGGAUUGAAUUUGUAAAUUUAAAGUUUA